AUGUUUUUAUUCCAUCAAGACCAACAACAAAUAUUCGAAACUAAAGAGAGUUUCCUUUUCACACAAGCACAAGAAUCCAACAACAAUACACUCAUCUAUUGCUUUGGAAAAUUGUCAAACACAACCCAAGUUUGUAACGGAAGAGGAAACUGUACCGAACAAGAUAAUUGUGAAUGUGAUCCAGAUUGGUAUGGCACUCAAUGUCAAAUCACCUCCUGUUUUGGAAUAUUACAGAAUGAAACAAGUGCUGUAUGUAAUGGGCAUGGAACUUGUUCUGGUACUGAUACUUGUUCAUGCUCAUCAAAUUGGUAUGGAAUUGAUUGUAAUGUUACCUCCUGUUUUGGAAUAUUACAGAAUGAAACAAAUUCUGUUUGUAAAGGAAAUGGAGAUUGUAUCGAUACCAAUGUGUGUAAAUGUGAUGAUGGAUGGAGUGGUACUCAAUGUGGCACUCCUUCAUGCUUUGGAAUAGUUCAGAAUGCCUCAAAUGUCUGUAAUUCACAUGGUAAUUGUACUGAUUUGGAUACUUGUAAUUGUAAAGCCAAUUGGUUUGGAAAUGAUUGUAAUGUUACUAUUUGUAAUGGAAUUUUACAAAAUGAUACUACUGUUUGUUCAGGAAGAGGAACUUGUGUUUUUACUAAUCAAUGUCAAUGUCCACAAGGUUACACAGGAAAUAAUUGUGAAAUUCCAAUAUGUUUUGGAGUGAGUACCUUUAAAAAUAUCUCAUCAGUUAUUUGUUCAGGGCAUGGUAACUGUAUUGAUACUGACACAUGUCAAUGUAAUUCGACAUACACUGGGCCAAAAUGUCAAUAUCCAAUUUGCUAUGGAAUACCUUCCAAUAAUACAGCAAAUGCUUGCUCUGGAUCUGUGAGAGGUACCUGUACUUCACCGAAUACUUGUUCCUGCAAUACUGGUUAUACUGGUUCUGAAUGCCAAUACAAUAUUUGCUACGGUUACUAUUAUCCAUCACCAAAUGUUUGUUACAAUAAGGGAGAUUGCAUUGCUCCGAACAGUUGUAACUGUACUGCCACCAACUAUACAGGACUUGAUUGUUCCUAUGAAUUGUGUUCGCCAUCUCUACAAUGUUGGAGAAGACAUGGUUCUUGUGCUUCAGAAACAUAUUGUUCAUGUAAUACUGAUUGGACUGGAAUUUCGUGCAACAUUCCAAUUUGUUACUCUUACAAUGCAACUGAUACAGCAAAUGUUUGUUCAAACCAUGGAACAUGUACUUCUGCUAAUACAUGCUCUUGUGUUACUGGCUGGAGAGGAGCUGCCAAUUGCUCAAUAUUCUCGUGUGAUUCGCGCAAUUAUUGUUCAUCUCAUGGUGACUGUAUUGGACCCAAUAAUUGUUCUUGUUAUGCUGGUUGGAAGGGAGAUACAAGUUGUAAUUCAGUGAGUUGUGAGCUAGUUGGAGGUUGUUAUGGACAUGGAAUAUGCAGCAGCCCAAAUACCUGCACCUGUAAUUCAGGAUGGAGAGGAGCUAGUAAUUGCUCAAUAUUCUCGUGUGAUUCGCGCAAUUAUUGUUCUGGGCAUGGUGAAUGUGUUGGUGCAAAUACUUGUUCAUGUAAUGAUGGUUGGAAGGGAGACACAAGUUGUAAUUCAGUGAGUUGUGAGCUAGUUGGAGGUUGUUAUGGACACGGAAUAUGCAGCGGUCCAAAUACCUGCACCUGUAAUUCAGGAUGGAGAGGAGCUAGUAACUGCUCUGAAUUCACUUGUGACGGAACUAAUUAUUGUUCAGGACAUGGUACGUGUACAGGUGCUAAUACAUGCACUUGUGAAAGUGGAUGGAAAGGAAAUGCAAAUUGCUCAGCAAUUAGUUGUGAUGCCUUAAGUAAUUGUGGAGGUGCCAGUAAGGGUACUUGUGUUUCGAAUAACACUUGCAGUUGUAAAACAGGUUGGAGAGGUGCUGUCGAUUGUUCAGUUUUCACUUGUGAUCAAAGAAAUUACUGUUCUGGACAUGGUACGUGUACAGGCGCAAAUACAUGCACUUGUGAUAGUGGAUGGAAAGGUAAUGCAAAUUGUUCAGCAAUCAGUUGUGAUGCAUUAGGAGCUUGUAAUGGACACGGUACUUGUAUUUCAAAUAAUACUUGUAAUUGUAACAGUGGAUGGACAGAAGCUAAUUGUAAUACUUUUACUUGUAAGGAUAGAGAUUUCUGCUCAGGACAUGGUACGUGUACAGGCGCUAAUACAUGCAACUGUGUUAGUGGAUGGAAAGGUAACUCGAAUUGUUCGGCAAUUACUUGUGAUGGUGUUAAUUCAUGCUCUCAAAAUGGUCAAUGCAUUGGAAAUAACACAUGCGAAUGUAGGUCUGGUUGGACAGGAGCAAGUUGCAAUGUUUUCACUUGUGAUGCCUCUUCAAAUUGUAACAGUAAUGGCUUGUGUAUUUCCAACAACACUUGCCAAUGUUAUAGUGGCUGGAAAGGCAAUGCAGAAUGUUCCCAAUUCUCAUGUGAUGGUGUUAGUGGCUGUUCUCAAAAUGGAGUAUGUAUUGGAAAUAACACAUGUCAAUGUAGAUCUGGAUGGUCUGGACCAAAAUGUGACAUUUUCACAUGCGAUGGUGUGCUUAAUUGUUACGAUCAUGGUUUAUGUAUUUCAAACAAUACUUGCCAAUGUCAAAGUGGAUGGAAAGGAAGUUCCAAUUGUUCAGUUAUUAGUUGUGACGGAGUUAAUUCUUGUUCUCAAAAUGGUCAAUGUAUUGGAAAUAACACAUGCCAAUGUAGAUCUGGCUGGACAGGUUCAAAUUGUAAUACUUUCACAUGUGAUGCCUCUGACAACUGUCAUGGAAAUGGCUUGUGUAUUUCCAAUAAUACUUGUCAGUGCAACACUGGAUGGAAAGGCAAUGCAGAAUGUUCUGCCUACUCAUGUGAUGGUGUUGCAUAUUGCAGCUCUCAGGGAAAUUGUACUGGUGCCAAUUUAUGUAAUUGUACCUCUCAAUACACAGGUUCCAGAUGUGACAUUCCAGUUUGUUACUCACUCUCGGCUCUAGAUCCAAAUGUCUGUUCCAAUAAUGGUAGCUGCGUUGCACCAGAUACAUGCCAAUGUCUAUCUGGUUUUUCGUCUGGUGGACAAUGUAACAAACCAAUUUGUUAUAAUAGAACCUUUGAUGAUCCAACACAAUGUAAUGCAAAAGGUAUUUGUACUUCUCCAGACGUUUGUUACUGUACAGAUUAUAAUUACUAUGGAAAGAAUUGCACAGAUUACAAUUGUUAUGGAUUGAACUAUCUCAAUAAUACUGUGUGCUCUGGAUUUGGUAAAUGUAUUUUACCAAAUAAUUGUUCAUGUAAUUUAGGAUAUAGUGGAAAUAACUGUCAAUAUGUUUCUUGCUUUGGAAAUAAUACUUCACAAGAUUCCAAGUUUAUUUGUAGUGGAAAGGGUUCAUGUAUUUCUCCUGAUAAGUGUUCUUGUGUUACAGGAUACACUGGAGACAAGUGCCAAUACCCAAUUUGUUACGGAAUCAAUUCAACUAUGCCAUCAGUUUGUUCAGGUUUUGGUCAAUGUAUUGACACUGAUUUGUGUUCAUGUGGCUAUGGAUAUGGCGGUUCAAAUUGUGAAAUCUUCAAGUGUGAAAAUAUUCUUGCCAACUCUUCAAAUGUUUGUAACCAAAGAGGAAGCUGCAUUGGUGUCGAUUUCUGUAAUUGUACUUCAACAUACUCUGGUAAUAAUUGUCAAUUCUCAACGUGUUUCGGAAAGAAUUCAACCGAUCCACAAGUUUGUAAUGGAAAAGGUCAAUGUAAUUCUGAAAAUACUUGCUCUUGUCAAGUACAAGGUUACUUUGGAGAGGAAUGUACUCUGUACCAAUGCUAUUCUUUGUACUUUAAUGAUACAUUGAAUGUUUGUUCUGGACAUGGUCAAUGCAAAUCGCCAAAUAAUUGCGAAUGCACAAAUGGUUUCACUGGAGAAAAUUGUCAAACACCAAUUUGCUUUGGUGUGAAUGCAACUUCUUUGGAUGUUUGCUCACAAAAUGGUAUCUGUAAUAGUCCUAAUACUUGUGAAUGCAGUUAUCCAUGGUUUGGUAAGAAUUGUAAUAUCACACAAUCUCCAAUUACAGUCUCACUUAAAAUUGGAGGUUACACGGUAGAGAGUUAUAGUGUCUACAACAAUAUUUCUAGUUUGUCACUUCAUGCUGUUCUAGGUGAGAUUCUUCCACAACCAUACUUGUUGGAAAAUGUGAUUUACAAUUGGACAUGUACUAAUUGUCAAGGAAAUAAUGGAAGUGAUUAUCUUUCAAAUAUUACUCAAUCAAUUGCCCUAUUCAAUGUUUAUGUAUUACCAACAGGAACUUUCAAUCUUGAAUUGUCGGCUAUGGCUGUAACCUCAGAGGAUGGUGUUUUCUUCUACAGACAAUCAAACACAUUUAGUUUUAAUAUUACCAUUAUUCAAGUGCCAGAAUCAUACUCUGUAUCUGUUGUUGGUGUGAAGGAAGCUUACACAACCAAUACCUUACCAACUAGUUUGGAUAUUGUUGUACCGACAGUUUCUUUGAAUCAAAGUGCUUUGGUAAGAUUCUUGGGAUGUAACAAUGGUGGUUGUGCAGCAAAGAAAGUUGAAUACUCACUUGUCGUUAGAUUCAAUCAAACUCUUAACAUGUUAGACAUUUCUGGAAAUGUAACCAUUGUUCCAAACUCUGCUCUUGAUGGAUUUACUUGCUCUCCAUAUCUUUCCUAUUCUGUUUCCAAUUUCAAAUCGCAAAUUACAAAUCUCACACAGAACACUGCUGAAGAAUCAAUUUUGGAAAUUAUUUUGGAAUUUAGAAAUCAGGACAGUAAUUCCAGUUUUUCAAUCACCUCAACUUAUCCAAUCAUCCCACCAGCAUCAGCUCCAAAGAAUACAACAAAACUCGUCACUAUAAUGCCAACUCAAGGUAUGGCACUUAUUGAAAAUUUCGUUUUCACAGUUCAGGAAUGGUCAGCUGCCGAUUCUCUCAAACCACUCACGUAUGCUUUAGGUGUUUAUGAUUCUACACAACAAAAACCUGUCAGAAUCACUUCAUACACUACUAAUUCCACUUUCAGUUCCAUUCUUCCUUAUUUGACUCAAACAAAGAAGAGUAGAAGCACCAACGAUGAGACUGUCACUGUUAUUCUCUUUGUUGCCGAUAAGUAUGGUAAUGAAGAGUGGACAUAUUCUUCAACAGUCACAGUUUCGCCUUACAAUGGAACAGUUUCGGAAUUAUUGAAUUUAUUGAGUAGUGCUAGCUCUUCUGAGCAAUCAGUUCUUUACUCUUAUGAUACAUCCAUUUCUACUCGAUCAAUUUCAACCAAUGAAUCACAAGCCGUUUUGAAUCAAUUAAUUGACAAUGUUCAAUUUGAUAUUAAGAAUCCACAAAGUGCAUUGGAUUCUUUCCUUACCAUUACUUCAGAUCCUUCAAAGAUGAGCUCUGAAAUGGUCGACAAGGUAAACACCAAGUUAGCCAAUUUCGUUUCAAAUGUUACAGCUCAAUAUUUAGAAGAAAAGGCAUUGUAUUCAUUUGUCAAGACAAAGAUUUUGGAUUCAACUGUCACAUUUUCAACACUAAAACUUGUUUCAAAUUUAUUGGAAACUGGACUAAACUCUGAAAAGGUGGAAUCAACUGCAGAAAGUACAGCUGAUACAGCUCUCAUUGGUGAAAUUCCAACAUUGGUUACAACUGGAUCAGUUCCAACUCUUUCAUUUGCAACUGAUAUGGUCAAUAUUACAAUUUCUGCAUUCUCUCUGGAUAAGUCAACUCCAACAACUACCAAUCAAACUCUUUCAACUGGUAUUAAUCAAGUUAGUUUGGAUAUGAAUUCUAUUUUCCAACAAAUUUCAAAUGAAACAACUGGAUCCUUUGGCUUAUCAUUCAUAGCCUACUCUAUCAACUCAAAGGUUGAUUCCUUCUCAAAGAAGAGUUAUAUUCUUGCACCUCUAACGGAAUUCACACUCAGUAUGUCAGACAGUCAAGUUGAAUUGAGAAAUCUCAAAAAUCCUAUUGCUUUGACGUUCUCUCUCGACAAGACAUCACUUUCUACCUUGACAUCAAAUAAGAAUAUUACCAAUACCACAAUGGAGUGCAGAUAUUGGAAUGAAACCGAAAAUGCUUGGUUAGGAAAUGGUUGUUACGUCUCUUCAUUUGUUAAUGGUGAUGUUGUUUGUAAGUGUGACCAUACCACAAGAUUUGGUACUUUCUUGCAAUUCAAUUUGACUAGUGCUGUUAAUAGUAGCUACAAAUUACAAGUUGCCAGUUAUUACAUUGCUGAAAUAGUUUUUGGAGGAAUUUAUGGAAUUGUGGCUGUUAUUGUUUUGGUAUUGCUCACAAUAUUUAAAAAUAAGCAACCUAUUAAGAGUAGACUUGUUGCUCCAUACUUGGGUAUGAUUGCCCUGUUGACUGAAUGUGUUUUGAUUUCAAUUAUUAGAAAUUCCAUUCUUGUUAAUGAAUUAUUGAGUAAUACAUUGAAAUCGGCAGCUUAUGAAACUGAUGUCACUAAUGUAGUCAAUUGGUUUGGUGGUAUAGCUUCAAUUAUUGUCAACACUCUCAAUUUAACAGCCAUUCUCGCCUUCCUCUUACAAGUGGUUCGUUACUUAUUCAUGAAGCAUCUUUACAAUUUAAUGAAUGUGAUGAGAAAUAAGGAAGGUAAUCUUUUAGCAAAUUAUGCAAAGAAGAUUACAACAUUCAAGAGAUUGACCUCAAAUCCAAUCUAUUAUGCUAUUUUAUGUUUGUUUGCUGUAGCUAACAUUCUCUAUUGGACUUUGUGGUUUGUUCUCAAGUAUACUGGAGUUAUUGGUGCUAAUGACUACACUACUAUUGUUUCUGUAUCCUAUUGUGUUGUCAUUUUGACAUUUGCCUUGAUUGUUGCUUUAAUUUUCGUUGCUGAUAUGAUUUUGACUUACAAAUUUGAUGACGAUUCAAAGGAGUCUUCAAUUUCUGCAAGACUUACAAAUCAAGGAGCGACUACUGAAGGAAAAGGACAAAAGAAAUUAGAAACUAAACCAAUUAGUGCUGAUACUUCAUCAGGUAAAGGAAAGGAAACAAUUCAAAUAUCAACAGUAUUACACACAGUAUGGAAAUGGUUUGUUAGAAGAGAUACUCCACUGUUCUACCGUUUGGAAAUGAUAUUCUUUGUGGCAUUCUUUAUCUUCCUCAUUGUUUCUCAAGCGUUAGGUCUUGCCAGUAUUGAUGGAAAAUUCUCCAGCUCUGACACUAAACAAUUCACAAUUGGGCUUGUCUUUGACUCAGCCAGAUUUGCCAUUGAAACUGUCUAUAUUGUAUUUUAUAUUUUAGCAUUUGGUGGAUUUGUUUCCUUGGUUUCACUUUAUAAUUUCUACAAGAAGAUUACAACUGAAAAACCUAAUGACAAUAAGAAAGAAGAAGCAGUGGAAUUAGAAAAUGAGGAACUCUCUCAAGUAAUGUCAGACUCUGAAGGUAUUAUUCUAUUUGAGGAGUUCUGUAAAAAGGAAUGGUCUUUGGAAAAUCUUUACAUGUAUGUUGAUAUCAAGCUCUUUAUGGAUACUUUGGAGAAUAAGAUGGACGAUUCUGAAGAGUUCUUGAAACAUCUCUACUCGUACUGUGUCAGCACCUACGAGGUUUACAUCAAAUUAGGAGCAACUAUGGAAGUGAAUAUUCCAUCACAUUCAAGAAAUUCAUUCUUACUCUUAUUCAAGAUGGUUGUCGAGCAAGGUAAAGACAAGCCAUUUGUGGAUAAGGUUUAUGAAAGCAUUCUGUAUGGAGAGUUGAAUACUAAAAAGACAAAGUCAAUUCCAAUGCAAUCCAUGAAUGCCCAGCCAAUCAAACUUGACUUUAGUCAAUCAAGUGUAAAAUUGGUUGAUGAACAAAAGAAGGCAGAAGCAAACAAUACAGAAAACAAAGUAAUGUGGGUUGGUUAUCAAAGAAUGAUUAAUGGAUGUGCUGAUUCUCUCUAUCAACAAAUUGUUAUGAACUUGAGUGAUACCUUCUCUAGGUUUAUUUUCACAGAUGAGUACAAAUCAUUUGCUAUUGUGAACGAACUCAAACAAAGAAUGAAAGCAAAUGCAAGAUUUGAACUUUAA